AUGGCAGCUCCGACACAGCUUGCAUACCGCACCCUCAAAGGGAUUGGCAUCAUGGAUGCCGCCCCUGUUUACGAGCCUCUGCCGGGCUUUGAGAGACCCGAGGGUAACCUCCGCUGCAGCGCCUACUCUCCGUGUGGCCGUUACUAUGCAUGGGCAUCUCCCGAAAGGGUCACCAUCAUCGACGCCUCCAAGGGUCAAACUAUCUCGACCAUCCCCGCCGAGAACGUGUUCGAGCUGGGCUUCUCCCCGCUCGGUACCUACGUGAUUACCUGGCAACGGCCGAGCAAGGAUGAGAAUGGCGAUGCUACGAAGAACCUCAAGGUGUGGCGCGCAAUUGAGAGUGGAGAUAAGCAUUCGGUUGUGGGCAACUUCGUCCAGAAGUCGCAGACGGGGUGGAACUUGCAGUACACCGCCGAUGAGAAGCUGUGUGCCCGCGUCGUGACCAACGAGGUUCAAUUCUACCAGAGCGAUAACCUCUCGAACCCGUGGAACAAACUGCGUGUGGAGGGGGUAGCGGAUUUCGCGCUCUCGCCAGGACAGACCCAUUCGAUUGCGGUGUUUAUUCCCGAGCGUAAGGGCCAACCUGCCCAGGUCAAGGUGUUUAUUGUGCCGCAGUUCAACGCCCCGGUCUCGCAGAAGAGCUUCUUCAAGGGUGAUAAAGUCCAGCUGAAGUGGAACUCUUCCGGAACUACUCUUAUUGUGCUUGCGCAGACCGAAGUGGACCGCACCGGCAAGAGUUAUUACGGCGAGACGACUCUGUACCUGCUCUCUGCCAGCGGUGGAUUCGACUCGCGCAUUGACCUUGACAAGGAAGGCCCCAUUCACGAUGUUAGCUGGAACCCCAACUCGAAAGAGUUCGGUGUUGUCUACGGCUACAUGCCCGCGAAGACCACCAUCUUCAACAUGCGCGGUGUUCCCACUCACAACUUCCCUCUGGCCCCGCGCAACACCAUUCAAUUUUCGCCCCAUGGCCGCUUCGUCCUGGUUGCCGGUUUCGGUAACCUGGCUGGCCAGAUGGAUCUCUACGACAUGGAUAAGAACUUCCACAAGAUCUCCACUGUCGAGGCCUCCAACGCCAGUGUUUGCGCCUGGUCUCCCGACGGACAGUACAUCCUGACCGCCACUACUAGCCCUCGUCUGCGUGUCGAUAACGGCGUGCGCAUCUGGCACGUCAGUGGUAGUCUGAUGUACAAUGAAGACAUGACCGAGCUGUACGAUGUAACCUGGCGCCCCCAGAGCAUUGCUCAGCACCCUCUCGGCGACCCUUUCACCAAGCUCCCCGUCGCCCAUCCCUCUGCUACCGCCUACCUCAGCACCCGCAAAGCCCCCGUCAAGCCCGCCGGAGCCUACCGUCCCCCCGGUGCCCGCGGCCAAUUGACUCCUCUCGCCUUCAAGCGUGAGGACCAAGGCGGAGCCGCCUACGUCCGUGACGGUGCACCCGGUGCUGGCAUCACCAACGGCUUCGGCAAGUCCCGUCGUCGUGAGAUCCCCGGCGCCGAGCCCGCGGAGGAAUACCUUCCUCCCGGUGCCGCUCCCGGCGGCGGCGUCGCCCUUCCCCCUGGCGCUGACAACUCCGAGAAGCUCUCCAAGUCUGCUGCCAAGAACAAGAAGAAGCGCGAGGCAGCCAAGAAGGCCCGGGACGACGAGACUGCUGCUCCUGCUAACGCCCCCACCGGCCCUGCCCAGGACCGUAACCGCUCCCGCGGUAAGAACGGUGCUGUUAAUGGAAACGGUGCUGCGAAGUCCUCUUCACCUACCCCUACCCCUACCCCUGCCCCUGCCCCUGCCCCUGCCGCGGCUGCGGCUGCGGACCCUUCAGCCCAGGAUAAGAAGAUUCGUGGACUUCUGAAGAAGAUCCGCGCUAUUGAUGAGCUGAAGAUGCGUCUUGCUGGUGGAGAGAAGUUGGAGGAUACCCAGAUGAAGAAGAUUCAGACGGAGGAUGCGGUUCGGAAGGAGUUGGAGGCCGUUGGCUAUAACGGCUAA